AUGGGCAGUUCUUUCUUUAAGACUGAAUACUUAAUGUUAGCUUUCUGUGUGAGACUUAACAUGAAUAUGUCUGUAGUCACUAUUCCAGUUCUGUCUUUUCUGUGCCUGCUGUGCUUGGUGGAACACAGUCAAGCUCAAGUUAACAGCGAGGUCGCUAAAGAUGUUGACAUGAAUAGCUUGAAGCCACUUAUUUUGACAGAGAUCAAACGAAACAUCCAGUCAUACUUUAGGCGAACACAUAACGAUUUAAUCUACGAAGUCAGAAACUUUCAAUUAACAGAUUUCGUACCACCAAGAACUUACUUGACUUUGAGAAGGCGAUUUCCACCUACCUAUGAAUGGAUUGGAUUUAACGCCCAAGUGUACGGGAGAUUUGAUUGGUUCUACGACUACAGAACUUGGUGGGUUCAGCAGAGUAACAGAGGAGUAGCCAGCGUCGCUAUAACAAGAAUAGGAUUCCGUGUAACCCUCACUCGGGAGAGAGGUUUCAUCAGAGCCGGUUAUUGCACCAGCAGACGACCUUCUGUCUCCAUCAGAAGUAGAGAUUUCGGCCUGAACUGGUUGGAUUUCUAUGUCAUCCAGUUAUUGGAAGACGAAAUUGAAAGGCUCCUCAGUGGUAGCAAUGGUCUGAUCUGUGCAUACGUCAGGAGUUUUAUUGAGCGGCAGGGAAAUACUGUAUCAGGAAUGUUGGACGAUAAGUUCGGGGGUAUAGAUAUCACUGGUGGAGGAAUAGAUAUUACUGGUGGAGGUGAAGAUAUCACUGGUGGAGGAGACGACUCUGACGACGAGUUUGACGAUUAACUGCUGUAUACAACAUGGAUAGGAACAUACAAUGAAUUGUCAUUAGGAACUUGACCAAAACCAACUAAAUGAUGUCGUUUCAUGAUUGAAGAUUGAAGUAAAUUAAAUAGAUAAUGCUAUGGAAUAAUUGAUGCUUGAAAUAAACAAUUUGUAAAAUACACAUUUGUUGACCUUGUCUAU